AUGCCCGAGAAAUGUAACAAUUGUGAGAAAUUUUACAAAGACAAUGAAGGAGUUGAUUGUCUCUUCUGUGGAGAGAAUAAACACAUCAAAUGCUUUGUCUCUUAUCCUAGUGACAAAGCGGAACAUUUUUUCUUGCCUCAGAUGGUUAUACAAGCAGUGAGAAAUAAUAAUCUAUAUUUUGUUUGUGAAUCAUGUAAAGAAGCUAAAAUUAAAUAUCAAUCAAAUCCUGUGGAGACUGCCAUUGAUGAAAUAGAUCAAAAAUUGCAAAAGUUGAUGAUAAAAAUGACACAGAUUGAAUUGAAAGUUUUUGAAAACAAAGAUGAAGAAGAGGAAGUAAAAAUAAAAGGAGACAAUAAUUCUACAACACAGAUGUCAUACGCCAAAAUCGUUAAGAUCGAUGUAAAAAAUGGAAGAAACAGCAAAAAUAUUAAUACUUUACAGAAAGUACGAAAUUCAAUAGAUCCACAUAAAUUACAACCUAGCAAUAUGAGAUCAACUUCAACCGGUGGAGUAACAUUCAAGUGCUACCUAGAUGAUGAAAAUAAAAUUGAAACUGAAAUUAAAAAGAAAUUAGGAAGCAAUUUUAAUGUCGAAAUAAAUGAGACAAAAAAACCAACAUUGAAGAUUUUCGGAUUGUACGAUGAUAAAAAUCUCAGUUAUCAAAAAUUGGAGGAGUUAAUGCGCGCACAAAAUCUAUCACUAAUUUCUGAUAAAAACUACAUUAGUGUAAAAAAAAUACCAAUGAGAGAUUAA